AUGGGCCGAGAAUUUCAAGAAUAUUUUGAAUGUUCCCAAAUCUAUGCUUGUGAAAUAUGCCGAGCUCAUUUAUCUUCCCACAGUCAGCUGAUUUCAAAAGCCUUUUCUGGAAGAGAUGGCAGAGCAUUUUUAUUUAAAACAGUCAUCAACGGAAAGCUUGGGGACCCAGAAGAACAAACUUUGUUAUCAGGCCUAUACAUUAUAAGAGACCUAUACUGUAAAUCAUGUGAUCUUUUAAUUGGAUGAAAAUAUGAUAAAGCAUACACAAAUAAUCAGAAAUAUAAAGAAGGAAAAUUUAUAUUAGAAAGAUACCACAUUGUUAAAAUAGAAUGGGAUAAAUAA